AUGCAGAACUUGACCCCAGAACCACCCGCGCCAAUGCCUCGCCAACCACCACAACCCCUCGCCCGCGUCCUCGCCGCAGAUGAAGUCGUUCCCACGGUCCAGCGCGUCCUCGCAAUCCAACGCGCCGCCCGCGAAAACGCAGUCGCGUCCAUCACGCCGCCCGAGGCAACCUUCGCUAACACCAUUGGUCCCUUCCUGCGCGCCGACGACGAGACGCUGGGCGAGACGGGCUCCUUCAGCGUGCUCCGCUUCUCUGGCCCGGACAAGGCUACCGCCGAGGCCAUAGAGGAAGGUAUGAGGCUCUGGUCUGUGUCCACGGCGGAGAGAUUGCGGAUGAAGGGAGUCUAUGAGCUUGUCAAUGCCGUUAAGGAGAGGGACGAGGAAGGGCUCGGGGAUGAGGAGAAGAGGAUCGUGAGGGACUUAUGGCUGGAUUAUCGCGGAGCUGGGCAUGGAGUCUUGGAUGAGGAGGGAAUUCGGGUGUAUUUGGAGCGGAGGGAGAGGCUUGAGGAGUUGAAGAGGGUGUUUAGGAAGAAUCUGUACAAGGGGAGCGGAGGCCUCUGGCUCACGGAGGCGGAGCUGGAGGGUACACCCAGAGAAGAGAUAAAGAGAUGGAAGUUUGGGCGGGAAGACGUGCUGGAGGAAAGGGGCAAGAGGUUUGUCACGCUGGAGAGGGCGGAUUACGAUGCCGUGCUGCGGUAUGCGCGUGAUUCGGAGACGAGGAGGCGGGUGUAUGUUGCGUUUGACAACCGGUUCCCUGAGAACGUGCCGCUGUACAAGGAGAUGCUUGUCCUAAGAGACCAGAAUGCGAGGAUGUUGGGGUAUGGGAACCACGCGGAGUUCCGGAUUGAGAGGAGGGUUGCACCGUCGACUGGGUGGGUUGAGGAGUUCUUGGGACGGUUGAGAAAGGGAUUGGAGCCUCGGGGAAGGGAAGAGAUGGCGAGAAUUGUGGACAGGAAGAGGAAUGAGUUGGGGAUUGUUCGUGAAGAGAAGGAUAAAGAGGAGGGGAGGAUUCUGCCAUGGGAUUUUGAGUACUAUACGAGACUUCUUGAGGAAGAGGUGGACGUUGACCAGGAGAAGAUAUCCGAGUAUUUCCCCCUGAAUCAUACGUUAUUGGCCAUGCUGGGUUUGUUCUCCGAGUUUCUGGGUUUUGAAUUCGAACCGGUACCGAAGAGCGAUUUAGUUGGAAAGAUCUGGGACAAGGGGGUACAGGUUUGGGCAGUCUGGGAGGGAAGAGGGGAGAGAAAGGGAGAGUUUGUGGGAUACCUGUACGCCGACGUUCUCUGGAGAGAAGGGAAAUACCGGACGGCGUGCAAUAUCAACCUGCAAUGCGGUUACUUGAAGGAGGAUGGCACCAGAGUCUACCCUGCCACGGUGCUCAUGUGUGCCUUUCAGCCCCCUACAGCCGCGUCUUGUGCGCUGUUAAAGCAUCGCGAGGUCGUGAUAUUGUUCCACGAGCUGGGCCACGGGCUUCACGAUCUUGUAUCCCGCACAAAGCAUACCCGCUUCCACGGAACGCGUGUGGCGCCCGACUUUGGCGAGGCGCCGAGCACGAUGUUGGAAAAGUGGUGCUGGAUGCCGGAAGAGCUCGUCAAGAUGGGCCGGCACUACACGCGCGUCGAUCCGGCGUACAUGGCGAAGUGGAAGGAAGACCAUGGGGAUGGUGAAGAGCCCCCGCAGGAAAAGAUGCUAAAGGAGUUGGCCGAAAACUUGGUACAGAGUCGAGAGCUGAACCGGGGUCUAUGGUUCCUGAGGCAGCUAGUAUUUGCCAGGUUUGAUAUGAUGGUGAACAAUCAAGAGUCAACCGAGGCUCUGAGAAAGCUGGAUGAAGUGAAGCUCUACAACGACCUUCAGGAUUCCAUGACACUCAGACCCAAUCCUGAUAAGAGAGGGUACGGAUUGGUUCACUCCACGCAUCUCAUCGAGCUCUACGACGCGGGCUACUACGCCUACAUGAGUGCUGACUUACCACCACAAAGCGCCCAAGCAUACGCGGCCUCCUUCUUCGAGUCGUGCUUCGCCAAGGACCCCCGCAGUCCUGAAGCCUGGGACCGGUACCGAAGAGGAAUCCUCGAGUACGGCGGCAGCAGAGACGAAAUGGAGACGAUGAAAGAGUUUCUGGGUAGGGAGCCCGGGCCGGAUGCGUUGUUGAGAAGUCUCGGGUUAUUGGAGGGUGAUGGGAGUGAUUCUCAUGGCACCACCAUCUUUGGUAUUUCUUCGAGACAGGAUCUUGAACUGAGACUGAAGCUCGUAUUAGAGAGCUCAGCUGAUCUGCUUGUCCUGCGUCUGCUCAGGUUCAAUGGUAAGCAAAUCACGUAUCGGAUACAGUAUGUUGCGCAGCAGCCCAUUUUCUGGGGUAAUAGAGAACUGAGACCACACCUCGAUACGAGACUUGACAGGGUUACCUUUGUAAUUGACUCAAUCUUCUUCAUGUUCAGCUGGUCUAGCUCAUAUUGGGGCCACCAUCAAAUACUCAAGAGAUACGACCAAGUCGUCAAUAUGAAGUCUAUCAUAGUCGCCUUCGUAGGCCUCAUCUCCUUUGUCGUUGCCCAGAGAUGCAACGCCGAUAACUGCGCCCGCAGAGUGACCGGCACCUUCAGGGCCGCCGGCGUCCCGGACGUCACAAGCCGCGGCUUAGACUGCUCCUCUUACAUGCAGACCACCGUAAUUCCGGACACGUUCACUUCAACCGUCACCACCACGAUCUACACCGACAACAUCCCCCUUACCCCAACUACUACCUUCUCCCAGUCUACAACCCGUGCCCCCAUCACGCAAUCUCCAACCUCAGUCCCCUCCUACGCAGCCGUCUCCUGCACCAGCACCAGCGCCUACUCCUCAGCCUGCAGCUGCUGGGGCUACACCCCGUCCAUAACAACCCUCCCCGCGCCAGUCGCCACCGUCACGGCAACCCAAUACGCCAACCCAGGCUGCCGCGGCGCCCGCGACUGUCCCUUUGACGGCGUGAACCUCUACCAGUGCCCCGGCGGCGGUGGAAAGCUCUGCACUUGUCUUCGUGAGGCCGAUAGGAACUUGGACGAACCGAGUCGGAGGCACGUCUGCGUGGAGAGUAAGGGAUGCAACGAGGUCAGGACGUGUACUUCGUCGAGCAGCUGCAGCGCGGGCGAGGCGUGCGUGUGGAAUUACUGCUGUGAACGGCAGCGGAGAAGGAUCUGUCUAAAGUUUGCGCCUUUGGCGUGUGGUAACCCGACUCUGCCCAGGAAUAUCUUUGAAGAGCGGCGGGAGGUGGAUGUUCUUCGAGAGACGAUUGAGGGACGUUGUGUCGGCGAGUGA